AUGGAAGCCGAAAUCAGAACUGUCCUGCCCAACAUCGACCCGGUGCUCUCCGAGUACUCGGUUGGCUACUUGACUCAUGCCUCAACCAUUUGGUCAGAUGAGGAGGAGCAGUCCGGGCCAUCCCCUCUUGCUGAGGCAGCUUCCACGGUUACUGAGCUGUUGCUCUCAGCUUCUGGCAAACCGGAUGCUAAACUCCAGGAGAAAAUCGAGAAGCUUGUCGAGAAAUGGGUUGAAAAGUAUAGCGAGGCAAACGGGGCUCAGCGCAGUGGACCCUCGGCUGUGAAGCGCCUCGACCAGACUUUCCAAGUCGGCUCUCAACGCAACAUAUCUUCCACCCUCGCCGUAGCCACCGGUGCUGUUGAUCUAGAGUCUGCCAAUGCUCGCAAGGUCGAGUCCAAGGUCGACAGAAAGAAACUCGAGAAGGCCGAGCGCAAGAUUGCCGCCAAGCAACAGAAGAAGACGUUCAAGACCGUCGAGUAUGAGGCAUCCAAGCUGCUGAACGAGCCUGAGUCCACUCAGUCUUACGAAGAAUUCUACAUGGCAGUCAACCCGCUCCAGCUGGGUUCUUCUGGUGGGAACAAGACGAAAGACAUCAAGCUGGAUAACGUCGACGUCUCGAUUGGUGGCCAGCGUAUACUGACCGACACGAACUUCACCUUGGCAUAUGGUCACAGGUACGGUCUCGUUGGUCACAACGGUGUUGGUAAAUCUACUCUGUUGCGCGCCUUGUCCCGCAGAGAGCUGCCAAUCCCACCUUACAUCACCAUUCUUCACGUAGAGCAGGAGCUCACUGGCGACGACACGCCCGCAAUUCAAGCCGUGCUUGACGCCGACGUCUGGCGCAAGGUCCUUCUCAAGGAGCAAGCUGAAAUUACACAAAAACUAUCAGACAUUGAGACUCAGCGAGCCUCAUUGGCGGACACUUCUGCAGAUGCUGCGAAGCUCGACAGAGACAGAGAGGCUCUGGACAACAGACUCGGCGACAUCCAGGGCAAGUUGGCAGAGAUGGAGUCUGACAAGGCUGAAUCGAGAGCUGCAAGUAUUCUGGCUGGUCUUGGUUUCUCCGCUGAACGCCAGCAAAACGCGACCAAGACCUUCUCCGGUGGAUGGCGUAUGCGUCUCGCUUUGGCUAGAGCGCUCUUCUGUGAGCCCGACCUGCUGCUUCUUGACGAGCCGUCAAACAUGUUGGACGUUCCCUCCAUCGCCUUCUUGUCGAACUACCUCCAGGGAUACCCUAGCACUGUUUUGGUUGUUUCUCACGACAGAGCCUUCCUCAACGAGGUUGCCACCGACAUCAUCCACCAGCAUUCUCAACGUCUCGACUACUACCGUGGUGCCAACUUCGAGUCCUUCUAUGCAACUCGCGAAGAGCGCAAGAAAACCGCCAAGAGAGAAUACGAGAACCAGAUGGCUCAGCGAGCCCAUCUUCAAGCCUUCAUCGACAAGUUCCGCUACAACGCGGCGAAGUCUUCCGAAGCCCAGUCACGUAUCAAGAAGUUGGAGAAGAUGCCGGUGCUGGAGCCGCCAGAGACCGAGUACAGCGUCAAGUUCAAGUUCCCGGAGGUCGAAAAGCUGUCUCCCCCUAUCAUCCAGAUGACAGGGGUUACGUUUGGCUACAGCAAGGAGAACAUCUUGCUGCGCAACGUGGACCUCGACGUGCAGCUGGACUCCCGUAUCGGUAUUGUCGGACCCAACGGUGCAGGUAAAACAACUGUCCUCAAGUUGCUGAUCGGAAAAUUGUCGCCUACGUCUGGACUUAUUUCACAGAACCCGCGUCUGCGUGUAGGCUUCUUUGCCCAACAUCACGUUGAUGCGCUGGACCUCACGAUGAGCGCCGUGAGCUUCAUGGCCAAGACUUACCCCGGCAAGACGGACGAAGAAUAUCGCAGACAGCUGGGUGCGUUUGGUAUCACGGGAACGACGGGUCUGCAGAAGAUGGCUGUGCUCUCCGGAGGUCAGAAGUCGCGUGUCGCGUUUGCGUGCUUGGCCUUGACCAACCCGCAUAUCCUGGUUCUUGACGAACCGUCCAACCAUCUCGAUAUUGAAGCGAUGGAUGCUCUCGCGGAUGCGCUGAAGGAGUUCGAGGGCGGCGUGCUCAUGGUAUCUCACGACGUCACCAUGCUGCAGACUGUAUGCACAUCGCUCUGGGUGUGUGAUGGCGGAACGGUCGAGAAGUUCCCAGGAGAUGUCCAGGCAUACAAGAAGAGAAUCGCUGCGCAGGCGGACGCUGCGGGUGUCGUCAAGGCCCACUAG